UCCAUAUAAUAAAUAGUUAUCAUCAACUUCUAGAAAUUAGUGGUUAUAAGUUACGUAUGAUGAAGGAAAAUUGACCCAAUGAAAAUUACAACUUUGGUUUUUCUAUAUUAAUACCUGAUUUAAUAUUGUUUGUGGGAGGACAAAUUGUUUUCAAGUGAAGGCACGCCAACCAUGCUGAAAUGGAGAGUGGGUGGAAUGGUGCAUAAGUUACUACCUAGAAGCAACCAAAGUACCUAUGGCACUUUAAUGUUGGAACUCUCAUAGAUUGUACAAUUACAACCAACAUCUUCAAUUAAUUAUUGAGGACAACUUAUAACCAUCGCCAUUACAUUGAUAUUAGCUACAAUUAAAAAUAGAUUGAAAUAAAUUUUGUUACAAAACCUGAGAAUGAGAGUACUUCAUGCAUUCUUCUACAUUUAAGAGGUUUCAUUAAGUUGUUUUUCUUUCAUUAGAAGAAAAAAUCAAAGAAAUCUGUUCUUUGUUAAUAUAUUAUACAAAAGCACCGGUUACUGGAAUUUUUUUAAUUAGAAAAUUAAACAACUCUAUGCUUGGUAUUUUUUUUUUAAACCUACACUUUUAUGUUUAAUUUGUUAGAAUAUUAAGGGAAGAGAAAAUAAAGGGAAAGAGAUGAGGGUAGUGAAGCGCAAAAUAAUGAGAGCAUAUAACUAUCAUUUCUUCUUCUUUUUUUUUCCUUUUUUAAUACACCUAAGUAAUUAAAAAAUUGUGAAAGUUAUCUUUUACUUCAAUUUUUUAUGGAGGGGGUGGGGGCUAAUGUGAAACUUUUAUUUUCAUUUUGUGAUAAAACUUGACAUUGAUAAAAAACUUGACAUCGACAUGUAGGGCCAUGAAGUAAUUAUUUUGAUAUAUUUGUACCCUAUUCUCAUGAGAAAGCCAAUAGUUGAAUCUCCCAGCCACAUUUGAUGGAGAAAACGUAUAAUUUGAAGAAGAGGUUCUCUAAGCAAGCAGUGUAGAAGAUUGCACCAAUGAUAAAAAAUAUUAAAAGAUUUAUCAUGGAUGUUAAAUUUUAUAGAUAAGGUGUCCUCCCUCACUUAUUUGCCAAGUUCGAUUCACCUAUCCUUUAAAUUACUAUCCCAAAAUUAACAUCUGACCACACAAUGUGCAAUACAUAUUUAUUAUUGACUUUAAUAUUAUUUUCUCUCUAGUCCCCAACCUUUCCCAGAAAAAGAAAGAAAAUGGUGUCUACGUCCUAUUUGUCAACGUUUUAGGUUUUUCAAUCAACAUGCCAUGUGGCAAAAUCGCAUCCAUGUUUGCUCCGCGAGACUUGCAUUUAUUUUCAAAGGGGAAGAAUAAAACAAAAGACAAAAGGCAUGAGAAAUUCCACAUCUCAUGUGAUCCCAUCCUUUAUUCUCUUUGAUUAUUCCUAUCCAAUAGAUUUCAUUAUUUUAUUAUUGAAAAAAGAUUACCUAAGCAGACGGCAAAGAGGAAUGCACCAAUGACAUACCAUGGAAUGGUUUCAAACACAAAAAAACAACGAGGUCAUUUCAUGAAGGCAAGAGAGAUAGAAGACUGGCUGCUCAAAAUUUUUUUCCUUUUGUUGUUGUUUAAAGGUGUCAAUCAAUUGGUUCGAUUUGAUUUCAGUUAAGUUGAAUUGAUUUAUGCUUGUUAUUAAGCCAACCCAAAGCCAAACUUAAUGAGUUGAUAACCCUUGGAUCCGGUCUGGUUUAUGAGAACCUGAAACAAGUAAGGAUCCCAACCCAAAACAAACCAAUAAGGGUUUGGUCCAAUCUGAGCCAAUCAAUUUCGGUCGGUCCGGCCAGUUCAGACUGAACAUCGACACCAAUUUUUAUUUAUUUAUUUAUUUUUGGUGCAAACAUUGACACCAUUAUUGUUGCUCUCAACAAUAAAGUGGAAAGGUCAAAAAGAGAGAAUAAAAAAGGGUUUAGGAAGGUUUGACUUUUAAGGGGUUGGUAAUGGUAGGCAAAAAUGAUGGAAGUUGCCAUUGCCUCAGUUCCUCAUUACCGUUACAUAUAAACCCACCCUUAACAGUUAUGGAAAAAUAACAACAUUAGCAGAAUCAGAUUCUUUGAAACUGAAUUCAGAAUUUUAAGAAUUUCAGAUACAAGUUCGACAUGGAUCACACAGCGGAAGCUCAUCAAACGGAUUUGAUGACCAUCACUCGUUUUGUUCUUAACGAGCAGUCCAGGUAUCCAGAGUCUCGUGGUGAUUUAACCAUCUUGCUCAGCCACAUUGUUCUUGGUUGCAAGUACGUCUGCUCCGCCGUCAACAAGGCUGGUCUUGCAAAACUGAUCGGACUUGCCGGAGAAACCAACGUUCAGGGUGAAGAGCAAAAGAAAUUGGAUGUGCUCUCAAAUGAAGUUUUCAUCAAUGCUUUGAAAAGCAGUGGCCGAUCGUGCGUACUUGUUUCUGAAGAGAAUGAAGAGGCAAUAUUUGUGGAACGUUCAAAGCGUGGAAGGUAUAUCGUUGCUUUUGAUCCGCUGGAUGGAUCCUCCAACAUUGACUGUGGUGUUUCCAUUGGAACUAUAUUUGGGAUUUAUAUGCUCAAGGAUAAACAUGAACCAACUUUGAACGAUGUGUUGCAAUGUGGGACUAGUAUGUUAGCAGCCGGUUACUGCAUGUAUGGAAGCUCCUGCAUGCUUGUGUUGAGCACUGGAUGCGGCAUCAACGGGUUCACGCUUGAUCCAUCUCUUGGGGAGUUUAUAUUAACCCAUCCAGAGAUCAAGGUCCCAAAUAAAGGAAAGAUCUAUUCAGUAAAUGAAGGAAAUGCCAAGGACUGGGAUGCUCCAACUGCAAAAUAUGUGGAAAAUUGCAAGUUCCCUGAAGAUGGUUCAUUGCCAAAGUCCCUUAGAUAUGUCGGAAGCAUGGUAGCUGAUAUCCACCGCACAUUGCUGUAUGGAGGUAUCUUUUUAUACCCUGCUGAUAAGAAGAACCCAAGUGGAAAACUACGUGUUCUCUAUGAAGUCUUUCCAAUGUCAUUCUUGAUGGAACAAGCAGGUGGUCAAUCUUUUACCGGCAAGCAACGGGCACUUGACUUGGUCCCAAAGAAAAUCCAUGACAGAUCUGCUGUAUUCCUUGGGAGCUAUGAUGAUGUUGAGGAACUCAAAGCACUCUAUUUUGAAGAAGAGGAGAAAGCAUAAUGUGCAAAUUUCAUUCCUUCUUUGUAAUUUUUUUUGGGGGGCUGUGCUAGUGCUGCUACUGAAAUAAAUUUUAUUGUUGAGAGAGAAUUCAUGGUCCAAA